AUCCAGACUAUACCACCAGUGUCCCUCGAUCUUGUGUACCUCCGUCUCUCCUUUAAUCAGAGUGCGUUUAGGGAAGUUACCCGCAGAAUUUACCCGCACUAGUGUUUGUAGAGACGUAGAGUGUGGUUGACCGUACCCCGCAUCACCCCGCACCGCACCACGCCGCACCCUACUCACUGCGGUACGAGAACUUGGGCGUAGGAGAGAGAGACCAACCCGCUGCCUUAAGUAACAGUGCUGCCAAGGAACCAACGUGAGGUGGAACAAAGGACGUGCGUGCAGCGUGUUGGCCGUGCUUUGGGCGUGCGUGCGUGUGCGAGUGCGUGCGAUGGUGACAGGAGCGUGGUGGUGCGUCAUGUGAUAAGCUCAGAAGACACCAGGUGCACCAAUACAAUUAAUACCUGGCUCACCUGUUCACUUAAUUACCUUCACCUGGCCAGCCGCUGAAGAUUGAAGACAAAGGCAACAGUACAAAGGUGUUGCCGCGGUGCCGCCAAGGACGAGAUGUUGAGGCGAGAUGCGCGGCGCUGUGCUGCCCUGGGCGAUCCUCACGCUGGCUGUUUGGAUCCUGCCUCUGACUCCGCCUGCCGCGCCCACACCCCUCACCCCGCCCUCCCCGCCCUCCGCUCACACACUCCGCACCCCCCAGAUUACUUCAGCCUUCCCUCCCGGCCUUCUUGCAGUUCCUGAAGGCGGUGAAGGGGAGCGCGUCUCUUCACAGCGCUAUGUCUCCUCUCCCUCCACUGCGAGCGUCCCUGGUGGCGCCGCAGGGCACGGGGACGAGGACCCACCACUCACGGCCCCAUCGGUCACCACCACCACCACCACGGCCACGACCGCCCGGGACGACUAUGACCUCGAGGCAAACUCCACCGUAGGAGUGAGUGGAGCUCCACCGGGUGGCACUGAGGAGCAGCCUGGCGGAGGGUCCCGGCAGGUGACGCGGCGGUCGCUUGCCUCCCUGCCGCCAGCCGCCACCACCUCCCUGUCCUCCGUCACCGACGAUGAUGUCGCCGAGCACCGCCACCGUCACCACCACGCCGCGGCGCCGCUGUGGCUGAGGGAACACCUGGAGGCCCUGCCCACCGCCAGGAGACGCAGUAUCUCCAGGCGCUUCGAGGAGGAUAUCGCCGCAGUGUUUCGGGGCGUGGCCUAUGGCGGCUCCACCUCCUACAGGAGUGUGCCCGUCAGGCGGCCCGGCACGCGGGACGUCCAGGGCGCCCCGAGGAUCGAGAGGACCACCACCCUGAGUGAGGAGCCGCUGGACGACUACCUGAGUGACGGCAGCAUCGUGGACGACCCCGCCAGGAACGAGUCUCUGACGCCCCGCGCCGCCACGCCAGGGAGCGCGGAGGGCGAGGGGCGCGGCAAGGCCAACGAGACUGAUCCCAGCCUGCUCCCUGACACGGGGACGACUACUGACCUGUUGGCGCAGGACCCUCAGGACAACCUGUACCCUGACCUGCCCGACACCCCCGCGCCCAAUGUCACUGGCAGCGUGGACGCCCCCGCGGUGACUUCGCAGUGGCAGGGGUCUAUGGAGCAGGCCGCCAACGGGACAGAGGCGCCGCCCACCAACACACACGCUUCGCUCACUGCCGCGCCUCCGCGCCGCCCCACGCCGCGCAUGUCCUGGCUGGACGUGCUGCGCUGCACGCACCGCGGCCUGGCGUGGGUGCUGGUGAACUUUUUCUUGGGCUUCCUGCUGCUGACCGCCAGCCUGCUGGGCCCCUACCGCCUCAUGACCAUGCGGUGCUGCACGCCGCUGCUGCCACGCACGCACUACGUGGCCGUGCACCUGCUGGUGUUCGUGGCGGCGUCCCUCAAGGCGGUGUACUUGUUCCACCUGGCGUUCGGCAGCCGCGGCAGGCUGCCCCUCGUGCUGCUGCUGCUGCUCACCAACACGGGCUUCCCCUGCCUCUCCUCCGCCUUCUUGGUGCUGAUGAUGAUGAUGUUCGUGGCCGCUGACGUGCAAGUGUACAAGUCCAAGCUGGUGACGGCGCACAACGCCUUCGUCUUCCUGGUGGUGAUGCUCGGCCUCGCCUUCAUCGGGGACGUGAUCGUGGGCGUGGCGCACAGCCGCAGCGUGCUGGUGCUGGCGCGCGUCAUGGUGAUCGGCGUGGCGGCGGCGGGUGUGGCGGUGUUCCUGCGCAGGCGGGCGGCGGUGGUGGCGGCGUCGCAGCUGAUGAGGCGGGAGUUCCAGGGCGAGCUGAAGUUGCUGGUGCUGCCCGCCAAGGACGACUCCCUGCAGCGCCACAUGGGCGUGAAGCACAUCCUGCGCAGCCGCCUGGGCUUGUGGUGCCGCGCCGUCAAGGUGUCCGCCGCAGGCCUGGCGCUGCUGUCCCUCAUCCACCUGCUGCACACCAUCUUCCUUAUCAGCGCCCACGUGCCGGCCUGGGCCUGGUGGUUCUUCCAUGUCUCGGGUUGCCUGGUGGAGGCGCUGCUGGCUGUGUCCACCUGCGUGGCGGCAGCGCUCACUCAGCGUUACGACGAGAGCGUCAGCUUCGCCUUCAGCUUCGUGGUGCCGCCGCAGCUGCUGCGCGGCAAGGCGGCGUCCGCGGCGCCAACCGCGGGCACGGCGGCGGCAGCUUCGGGUGAGGCCGAGACAAUAUACCAAAGAGUGUCUUUCUCCAGCGGGACGGAGAGCACCCAGUACACGGCGUGCUGCCCAGAGGGGGGCGUGGGCCUCGCCCUGGCCGGCACGCCCCAGGCACCCAGGCGGCGCGGCGCACCCGUCAAGAGGUCGGCAACCUUCAGCCACACGCCACAAGUGCCACACGCCGCGCCGCUGUAUGGGGGCGCCCCGGUCCAGGUGGCGAGGGUUGGCUCCGCUUCUAACCUGCCACUGUACGGCCCCGUGCCGGCGCGGGGCGGCGUGUACGGCCCGGGCGGGGCGUUGUACGGGCCAGUGUAUGCCCCUACCAGUGAUGCAUCGGUGUUGGUGCAUGAGGACGGUUUCGUGCGGGUCAGGACGCCCCUGGACCGCAGGGAGGCGCCCCCGCCGCGGCCACACGGCUCGCUGAUCCUGUUGCAGCAAGCACACUUCCAGGGGUCGAGCCCCCAGCUGCGGGGUGCUAUGGGCCCCGAGCCGCCGCCACGCCAGGACCUGUAUCAGAGUCUAUCGCGGCGGCGCAAGGCGUCACGAGGCCCUGACGUGCUGCAGAACAACAUUGACGUGCCAGAGACCGACUACCACCCGUCGCCGCACGCCAGGAUGCCCUACGGCUGCCACUCCAACCUGCCUUCGCCCCACAGCCCCGCGCGGGACGAGCCUGACUAUUACAGUCUGUCGCGGCGCGGCAGGCGAGGCCUCCACCCUGAGCGGGCCAACUACGACGUCCACAGCCUGUCCUGGCGGCGGCGCAGCCAGCGGGACCCUCCCGACGCCUACAUGAACAACCUGGACCGCCCUGAGGCAGACUACAGCCGCCAGGUGUCACGGGAAGAUAACAACGACCCCGUGCACCACCACUACCACGACCACUACGCCUCCCGCAGGAGCUCCAGGGACGCACGCUCACCGUCACUCAACGUGUACGAGGAGCAGGCGGCCUACCCCCGCCCCUCCACGCUGGGAGGCAGCCCAGGCCUAGCGCACAAAGUCUCUAAUCGCUCCUUCUCGCCCUCGUCGCCCUCCACCCCUCCUGCGGGCCACGCCUCCUACCUGGCCGAGUCGCCCCGCGCCAGGCGGCAGGCCAAGUUCCCUCGGCCCUUCGUGCGCGUGGGCAGCAACAGGAGCCUGCAGGGCGAGGACCUGUACGCCUGCGAGUACGUGCCGCGGGGCAACCCGGUGCGGCGGAACCACUCCUCUGCUGGCUACUACCCCUCCAGGUACAUGGCGCCCUCCACGCCCUCGCUGGUGGAGGCGCAGCGCUACGGCUCCCUCAGGCUGGCCAGGACCAGGAAGCGCCAGCCCGCCUACGUCUUCACGCCGGACGGGAAGCUGCUGAACCGCCGCCCCGAGGAGUGGUCGCGGAACGGCAGGACGCGCACCCCCGAGUACUACUGUGAGAACGGCCCCGAGGGAGGGGCGGGGGAGGAGCCGCCCCGGGACUGCCCCAGCAGGCAGAGCACGUCCUCCAAGAAGAGUGACGGCACGGACCAGGACUGGGCCACGGAGCUCAUCAAGAGCAGCUCCAUGCUCACUGACUUCUACUCCCUCAGCAGAGACAAAAAGAAGGUGAAGAAGAGACGCGAGGAGAUCGUGGAGGAGCAGGAGCACGACCACGACCUGGACCACGACCAGGAGAUGCAGCAGAGAGAGGAGAUAGAGCAGGGCCAGGAGGUAGUAGAGCUGGGGGAGGAGGCAGUAGAGCAGGGACAGGAGAUACAGCAAUAGAGAGAGAGAGAGAGAGAGAGAGAGAGAGAGAGAGAGAGAGAGAGAGAGAGAGAGAGAGAGAGAGAGAUUCUUUCCCUCAGUUAAUCGUUAUCUCAGAAAAUGAUGACAAAAGAAAGUAUUAUAUGACAUUUUUCCCUCAUUUUUUCUGGACAAUUUGAAGGCCCCUGUGGUCCGAGCCUCUUUCUUUCCCUCCCCGCCCUCCGCACAGCCCUCGCACCGCUCCCGCACCGCCCCUCGCUCCCUGACCACUGUACUGUACAUGAACAAGCUCUCUGUCUGCCGCGCCACGCCUUGUGCACGGCUUGAGGGUGCGGAGAGAGCGGCGGGAAGUGUGUUGUUUCCUUCCCUGUGUUUCCCUGUUGUGUUGCCGCCACUGUGAAGCUGCGGCCCUGACAGUGUUUGUGUCACGCUCAUGUCACGAAAAAUCAAAAAAAUAUUCCAUGACAGGCAGAAAAUGACAACCAAAGCUGUUUCUCUUUAUUUUUUACGUUUUCUUGUAUAUUAUUAUUAUUAUUAUUAUUAUUAUUAUUAUUAUUAUUAUUAUUAUUAUUAUAUGUCCUAGUCAGUG